AUGGAACAGUAUUUGAGGAAUAACUUUGAUGUUGAGCCGAAGAGGCCAUCGGAAGAAGCUUUACGGAGAUGGAGAUCCGCCGUCUGGUUGGUGAAGAACCCUCGUCGGCGGUUCCGCAUGGUCGCCGAUCUCGCAAAGCGAGCCGAGGCGCACCGAAAGCGUCGGCAAAUCCAGAGAAUGGGUUGA